AUGUUCUUCUCGUCGAUCUCUUCUGCAGGCGACACAAAGCUGGCUGAUUUAACUAAUGAAUCAGGUGGGUCUGUAAGUAUCGACUCGCCUCAGACGCAUAACUUCCUGGCACGUUCUCGCCGUUCAGCUGGUGUGAAAUGGUACCAAAAGGAUCCAGACUUUCUGUCAUACUACAUAUACUACAGCAGCAUUGGACAAGUUGAGGGUCUUUAUGAGAUCGACAAGAUCCGGAUGUCCUACCAGCAGAUGCGUCAAUUGGAGCAGACCUAUGGCGUAAACGCUUACAACUACCAGAACAUUCCAGGCCUUUGGAUUCCCGAAGCCACUUCUCCACCUCGCACCACCAAACCUCCACCACCACCCUCCACCCUUCCACCAAUGCUGUCUAUUUCUCAGUCUGAAGUAUACCUGUGCAAUCCCAAGGACCCGCUCUGUAAGCCCAGACUGUUGUAUGUACCCUGCGGAGCCAUCGUCGUUCCCUGUGAUCCACGCUACCACCCCAGCUGUAAGUUAAGAACCUCUACUGAGGGCCCUGCUGAGGCAGCUGAGCCUCGUACCACUGCCACCCCUCUGCCCAUGCCAAAACCUCCCAGCAUAAUCAUCAAAGGGAUGGAGUACAACUGUGACCCUUACUGGGACCCUGACUGCUUGAUCGAAAACCCCCCGGAACCUGUGAAGGUUUGA